CAAACUGCAAAAUGGAAACAACUUCAAAGGUUUUGUUUUGGUGAAAAGUGUCAUUUUUUUUUAAAGCAGCUAUACCAGUAAAUCCGAAGAGGACAGCCCCUAUCAUAUCAAUGGCAAAUAAAAGAUUAUAAUGUUUGUGUGCAUAUGCAUGCGGGCACAGAGGGUUCGAAAUGGUUUCUGAUUACAGCUGCAUCUACUUUUCCAGCUCACGUUCUCCAUCCCUCCCCACACCCUUCUGGCUUAGAGAUUUAAACCCUCCAGCCAACAUGUUCUCUUUGGCAGGCACAUUGGAAGGUCUGGACGGAGGGUGCUGCUUUCUCCUCUAGAGGCGUUCCCCAGAGACGGAGCAAAAGUGAGUUCAUGCUUCCUGGCUUCCUCAAUGACCUCACACAGUGGGUGCUCCUUCAGAACUAGAGCGGCAGGGCAGGUUGUAAGUGACUCCAGGAUUGCCAGAAGCACCUUGCGGCUCUUGAUAUCUGGCUGCUCAGUGUGACAGCAGCUUUGGGUGGUGUGAGGGGAAGUACAGGUAAGACCCAGCUUAAGAAGCAAACAGCAGAGGGAGCCCAAACAUGCCGAGCAUAUUCACCUAUCUCACCUCCGAAGUCGACUGUUGUGAAGGCAACUUUGAGCACUCUGAGGUCAUCGCGGAGUACUACAACACGAUCAGCAAUGUGAGUUUCUUCCUCCUUUUCCCCAUCUUGCUGUACCUGAAUCACCAAUAUGUCCAGCAGCGCCCCCUGUCCGCCUAUAGCCUCUCCAUCAUGCUCCUAUUAAUAGGUAUUUUCUCUACCUACUAUCACCUGACCCUGAGCUAUGUGGGACAGCUGCUGGAUGAGCUCUCCAUCCUCUGGACACUCGCCUUGACGUACACCUUUUGGAUCCCGAAAUGUUACUUCCCGGGAUUCAUCAAGGACAGGACUCAGUUUGUCUGUCUGGUCGGCAUCGUCACCCUGAUGUCAUUCAUCCAACCAGCCUUCAACGCUUAUCUGCUCAACAGCAUUUCCCUCCAUCUCCUGUACUUAACAUCUCAGGAGCUGAAAAAGUGCAGUAACCCACGUGUUCACCGCAUAGCUGCGUCCAUGGUCAUGUGGUGGGUGCUAGCCAUUAGCUGCUGGUUAAGCGACAAGUGGUUCUGUGGAUUUUGGCAGAGGAUCAACUUCUGUUACCUUCACAGUUUCUGGCAUGUACUGAUAUCCAUCACUCUCCUCUAUUGCUGUCCCUUGUUUAUCUACUUCGAUUCUCGGUACGAGAUUCCUGCCUUUGAACCGGAGCUGAAGUACUGGCCUAGUGACUCCUGGCCAAUCGCACUGCCCUAUCUUGCUCUGAGGACACCUUACAAACGGUGUUAGGGCGAGGUGCUGCAGUUCAGAUCCCUGGUGUAUAUUGGGACUGGGAGGGGGAGGAGUGAUAGAGCACAGCCAUUUUCUGCUAAAAUACCAAAAUCUCUCUCUGUGUUGUUUUGAAUGGCUGUUUGGGUGUCACCAUGGUGAUUGGGGUGCAGCGCCUGAUGCUGGAGACUGACUGUGAAGUCUUCACAGUCGGAAGAAUCCAAUGUUUUCCUGAGGUCACACUGUGCACUGAUCUCCAGUGAGAGGGGGUGACCCCUGCUGGAGGAAUCACACUAAUAAAACCGAAGCCAAAGUGCUGGCAACUGGCUAUGGGGCUGCUAUGAUUAACAUUAUUGUUAUUUAUUGAUGUAUAUGAUACCUCUCAGGAGUGUUGUGUAUUAAAGCUAUAGACACUGAUGAUUGCCGGAACACAUCUCUGUACCUAACUUCACACCCCUUGUCUGCGAGUCACUUGGACAAAGAUUUCCACCAAAGCCUCCGUCUGCCAUCUGAUCCUGAGAGGGCGAGGUUUUCGAAGUGCU